CGCGCUGAGCGCGCUUUCCGAACGCAGCCUUUCGGCCCUUUCGUAAAAUCGCGUGAUCAGAUUCACGGCGUGACAGAUUCACGGAUGCUUGCGACAGUUGACGAUCAAAACAAUGACAGAGGUCGAGUGGCUGUAGCACAUAUGGUAGGAUAACAGUUUCCCGCCUAUUCCCGCCGUUCUUUUCGUGAGCAGGGAGAAGAGUUUCGACAAAAGCCCGUUUAUCACAGAUUAGGAACGUAGGUCAGGUUACAGCAUAUAUUACAGGCUUUUUUUUUGUUACAGUAUCCUUUCUAUUCAUCGCAUUGGAAUGAUAAUUAUUCUACCAAUUUUGUCAUAUUUCGCUUAACGCUCAUAUCUUACGGGUGAAAUCACAACAUUCCAAACACUAUAUUUGUCCUUUACACUGAAGGAGACUUUAAUAUAACGGGACUGUGUAGAAGUCAUGGAAUCGGAAGCAAGAAAUCAAAUUAAUAACGACUAUACCAACUUUUUCUACGCGACGAUGUGUCACGUUUGCAAACGGUUUGGCGACGGUGUCUCUUUGAAGCGGUGCAGUAACUGUAAGAUGAUCUCCUAUUGUGGUAAGGAACAUCAGAAGCAGCACUGGAAGCAGCACAAACCUUUCUGCAAAGCCAUACAGGACAUGCCGCGAGACUACAGGAUGGAUUAUCGCGGUGAAACUACGAUGGAAUGGGCCGAAAAGAAGAUGUCCUUUGCGGAGCUAGUGUCGUACAGGCUGGGACGUCGCCUGCAUGUGGAUGAGAAGGAGAUGAUUUAUUUUCCAAAAGAGUGCCUAGUUUGCCACGAAUGGAAGUCGUUGGAGAGUUGUCAGAAGUGCGCUGCCAGCUUUUGUCGAAUUCACAAAAACAGCCCUGACCACUGGGACAUCUGCGCUCCCCUGCAACUAUGUCUUGGCAUAGAUUUAAUUAAGAUAAGAGAGAUUCCGGAGAACGAACUUCCGGAUGUUGUCCUUAAAAAUAUUGUCUGCACGAGUGGAUUUCAGAGCAUGAGAGACUUUAUAAAGGAUAAUUGGAAUAUUCAGACUGACUCGGAGGUGUUGUACACUGUCGAGGCAGAAAAACUCGCGCUACAUUCGACAUAUUCCUUAACGUUGUUUCAUGCUAUGCGAUUAUUAAACUAUGUCCCAAAAAGCAACGAUUUAGUCGUUCAUGUUAUAGGUGCAGAUGUCAUCGAAAUAGCCUUGGUAUGGACGUGGGAAGUUUUUCUGGUGUUAAUGGAGACCCUGACAUCAGUAGAGAUAUCAGUAAAGAUUGUAAUUAUAGGGCCGGGCUUAAAAGAUAAAUUCGAUCCGUCACGCACUGAUGACUUUCUUGGGAAUAACAUUUUUUCUGAGUACCACGAUGUGUCAUACGAGAAAUAUGUGCGCAGUUCGUCAUUCAUAAAACCGAACGUGAUUGUAGGAUUUAGUGUGGGUAUUGAUGAGGAAGAUGAGGAUCUUGAUAAUAAGGAAAUAUCGGCGCCAUCCAUACAUGCGAUAGCGAAACAAAAUUGUCCGUUCGUCUUAGGGUUUACUUUGCUACAAUGUUUUCAGAAUGGGAUAAACAAAAUUAACACGAUUCUAGGUAAGGAGGUAGAUUAUCUCUAUAGCGGAAAGAACCCAUUCGCUUGUUGCAAACCGAUUAGAGGCUUUGGGUGCGUGAAUUAUAUUAAUCAGUAUGUAGUUAUCUACCAAAGUCUUUGUUCGUAAAUGAUAUGCGUAAUUUAAGUUAUCGAUACAAACUGAAGGCUGUGUUUCGUGCCGAAAAAAAAGGUUGCGUGUGCGAAAUGAAAGAAAUAAACUGCAAAAGACUGAAAUCCGACACUCCGGAAUGUCUUAUAUUUAUAAUCUCUACUUAUAUUUAUAAUCCAAGAAGCCAUUAUUUACUUGUUGAAUCGAUUAUCUUAUAUCAGUCGAGCAUAAAUGGAUUGUAAAUAUAACAAGAGUGGAUGCGGUAACGUGAAAUAUUAUUACAAUGGCUUUUAGUUUUGUUUGUAAUGAAGACAAACCUUUUUGAUAAUUUUUAUAAUAAAAUUUAUAUCUUUGUAAUAAAUUAUGUAUCAAGCAUU